AUGGCGACGCAGCCGCUUCUGCCGCCGGAGCAGCGCACGCUGCGCGCGGCGCUGGACCAGCGGGGGCUCGCGGAGCCGCUGCUGUCGUCCUACUGGAGCGACGGCCACUACGACGCGCGGGGCGAUGGGCCCCUUCGGCGGGCGGCGGGGGCGGUGUGCGCGGCCGGCAGGGAGCUGUGGACGUUCUCGCGCAAUGACCCCAGGAAGCCCGUGUACGCGGCCAAGGUGGCCACGGCGCUCGCGCUCAUCACGCUGCUCGUCUUCCUCCGCGAGCCCAGCGACAUUGUCAGCCACUCCGUCUGGGCCAUCCUCACCGUCGUCGUCGUCUUCGAGUUCAGCAUCGGUGCAACCUUGAGCAAAGGCCUUAACAGGGGAUUGGGGACUCUGACGGCAGGCGGGCUUGCUCUAGCAGUUGCUGAAUCGGCUAGGCACAUGGGCGACCAGGACAUAGUGUUUCUCAUCAUCACCACCUUCGCCGUUGGAUUCGCUACAACCUUGAUAAAGGUGCACCCCAAGAUGAAGCUGUACGAGUACGGGCUCCGCGUCUUCCUGCUCACCUUCUGCUAUGUGACGGUGUCCGGGUACAACACGGGGGAGUUCGUCGGCGGCACGGCCCUGAGCAGGUUCUUGCUCAUCGUCAUCGGCGCCGCCGUCAGCCUGGCGGUGAACAUAGGCAUAUACCCGAUCUGGGCGGGAGAGGACCUGCACCACCUGGUGGCCAGGAACUUCGCCAGAGUCGCUGAAUCCUUAGAAGGGUGCGUCGAUGGAUACCUGACAUGCAUGGAGUACCAAAGGGUUCCUUCCAAGAUUCUCACGUACCAAGCUUCCGAUGAUCCUCUGUACAGUGGGUACAGGGCGGCUGUCGAGGCACAGACACAAGAGGAAGCACUGCUGGGGUUUGCCAUAUGGGAGCCACCGCACGGACCAUACAAGAUGAUGAAGUACCCCUGGCAGAGCUACACCAAGGUUGGCGGCGCGCUGAGGCACUGCUCCUUCGCCGUCAUGGCGCUGCACGGGUGCAUACUGUCGGAGAUCCAGUCGGCGCCGGAGAACAGGCAGGUGUUCAGCGCCGAGCUCCACAGGGUGGGCGAUGAGGCGGCCAAGGUGCUGCGGGAGCUCGGGCACCGGGUGAAGACCAUGACCAGGCUGAGCUCGCCCAACAUCCUCUCCGAGGUCCUCCACGCCGCUGAGGAGUUGCAGAAGAAGAUCGACCAGCGGUCCUACCUCCUCGUCAACACGGAUCGUUGGGGGGAGAGGGAGGACACCGCCGCCUCCACCACCACCUGCAGCCGGCACGAGGCAGGAGCCGGAGCCUCCAGGGAAAAUGAGGCGCCACCGCCGCCGCCGGAGCAGGCCGUCGUCAUCAACAUCCCUCCAAUGCACAAGUCGGAGUCGAACACGACUGUCGCCCGGGCCGCCGGCGUCAACGUCCCUCCACUGCACAAGUCGGAGUCGAACACGACCCUCGCCCGGGCCGCCAGCGUCAGCAUCCCUCCACUGCACAAGUCGGAGUCGAGCACGACCCUCGCCCGGACCGCCAGCGUCAGCGUCCCUCCACUGCAUAAGUCGGAGUCGAACACGACCCUCGCCCGGGCCGCCGGCUCGAACACGACCCUCGCCCGGACCACCAGCGUCAGCAUCCCUCCACUGCACAAGUCGGAGUCCACCACGACCGUCGCCCGGGCCGCGGCCCUCGGCAACGUGCACAAGUCGGAGUCGAGCACGUCGCUCGCCCGGUUCGACUCGGCGGCGUCGUGGGCGGCCAUGUCGCUGGCGGACGGCCUGGCGCUCAAGCCCCAGGGGUCCUGGCACCACCGGGUGCCGCCGUUCCACCCGGGCCAGCCGGUCGACGCCGCGGAGGCGAGGACGUACGAGAGCGCGAGCGCGCUGUCUCUGGGCACCUUCGCGUCGCUCCUCAUCGAGUUCGUGGCGCGGCUCGGGAACCUCGUCAACGCCGUCGAGGAGCUCAGCGACAAGGCCGCCUUCAAGGAUCCCGUGGAGGAGCCAUCCGUGUUAACAAGGGAGGAGACUGGUGUUUUUGGCAGAAUGACAAAGUUUUUCAGGCUGAAGAGAUGAUGUGGACGGCAAGAGAAGAGACUAUAAAACACUAAUUGACCGGUGGUAAAUGGAUAGCCCGAUGUUGUUCAAUUAGCCAGACUAAUUGAGUGUACCAAAGAAGCAUGUAGAAGGUCUGAUAUAUACUGUACAAGGUAUACAUGUAAAUACAAAUGUGAAAAUCGGAGAAUGUAAAAUGCUCUCUCAUGCAGUAAAGUGAAACAGGGUGAGAGGGAUACUCUGUAAUAUACCAAUGUUUUUGAAUAGCGGACUAUACUGCAUUUAGCAGGGUCUCACUAAACAACGUCGUCUUUGUACAAUUUAGCGGUUUUAGACUAUCGCCGUUGUUAUAACACUAUGUCACAUCUAGAUGUGAGAUAAUACCUCACAUCUACUUAUAACAUCAUCGUACAUCAGUAGAUAAAUAAGGCUUUGUCUAAGUUGGGUCUAGGCUUUUUAGUCUUGGUUGUUUUUGUUAUUGGGUGGGCUCUAUUGUUGUUGCACAAAACAGGAAAAAAAAAGAUAGACAGAAAAACAAGUUGUUCACGGGUGGAUCUGGGCUUCGGGCUACAGCUUGUAGUUUGACAUGUUUGAACCAUUGCACGUGGCUUGAUGAAUGAACGCACGAAUAAUUUGGUAAAACAGUGGAUCUCCUUGGCGAAAGUAUGAGGCAUCUCGAUGUAGAGCUCGCGAGAAAUGUUGUGGCUUUUUUUUCUGUUUUUUCUAUAAACUAUUUGGUGAAAUAAAAAAUUAUUUGCAAAUUUUAAAAGUCCGUGGAUUAGAAAGGAGUGGGAAAUUUGAAUGUUUUCACGAAUUUAGAAGUCAUCGAAUACAAAAAUAUGUUCGUGAAAAAAUGUUGACAAAUUU